AUGUUGGACCCCUUCCCGGCACCUCCGGACUGGCUGCGGAGCUUCAUAAAGCCUUACGCGCUCCACUUCAACAGCCCGACCCUCGCCGAGCACAUCCAUGAAGUGCUGCUCGCCUUCGCCUUCUACCAAUUCAUCCACAGCGUGCUCGCCCCAUGGCUCUCUCCGAAACUGUUUCCAAACCACUACCCCAAACUCAACGCCCGCACCAGACUCAACUGGGACGUGCACGUCGUUUCCCUCGUGCAGAGCGUCCUAGUCAACGCUGCCGCGCUGUGGGUUAUGUUCGCAGACCAGGAGCGCAAGUCCAUGUCUGCGGGCGAGCGCGUGUUCGGGUACACCGGCGCCUGCGGGCUAAUCCAGGCGCUCGCAGUCGGCUAUUUUCUGUACGAUCUCAUCGUCAGCAUCGUGUACCUGCGCAUCUUCGGCAUUGGCCUGCUGUUUCACGCUGUCAGCGCCCUCUGGGUAUUCAGUCUGGGAUUCAGGCCGUUCCUCAACUUCUACGGCCCCGUCUUUAUUCUCUACGAACUUUCCAGCCCCUUCCUCAAUAUCCACUGGUUCCUCGACAAAGUCAAUAUGACUGGCAGUCGCGCACAGUGGUAUAAUGGCAUGCUCCUCCUGGUUGUUUUCUUCUCAUGCCGACUCGUCUGGGGCACCUGGCAGUCUGCGGUCGUCUACCGCGACAUGUGGUAUGCCCUGCAGCAGACGUGGUCUGCGUCGUCCUCGCCGCUCCAACAACCCGUAAACGUCAACGCGCACGUUUUCCACCCAGUCCGCGACGGCGCCAUGUGUAUCGACGAGACCUGCGCGCGAGCCAACGCUGAAAUCACCCGGUUCGCGGAGUAUACUGCCUCUGGCGUGCCGACAUGGCUGGUAGUCACAUACGUGACGUCGAAUCUGAUUUUGAAUUCCCUGAAUUUCUACUGGUUCUCAAAGAUGGUGGAAACAGUGCUCAAGCGGUUCCGCAAGCCCGUUGCGGAAGUGCAGGACGAGAAGGAGCUGUCACGCGCAGAGAAAGUUGCCAAGAUCAAGGAUGAGAUUGCGCAGGACGUUGUCCUUGAGGCUGCUGCGCAGCUGGAGAAGGAUGAGACGGCUUUGAGGUCGGGCGAGUUUCUUACACAGGAGCAGAUCUCGUCGGCUAUUGACAAGGGGUUUGGGGAGGAGUUGCGUAGGAGGAAGACUGAGUUGAUUGGUCAGGUGUCUCUGCCUAGCCCUGGCACUUGA